AUGCAAGCAACAGAGAAGUGGCCCAGCCUUCCAGUAAAGAUCUCUACCGAGGAAGAGAUGAGACCCAGCGUAUUGUUCCACAUCAGUGUUUCCGAAUCGGUAAUCGAUGUUAGCAGGUUUUCGAGUUGGCGACGACUGUUGAUAGUGACCGGAUACGUGCUUCGUUUCUGCACGAACAUUCAACGGAGCUGUAGGAAAGUUCCCUUAAUUGCUGGACCACUCAUGCGGGAAGAGCUUCGCAGUGCGGAAGCACACCAUUAUCGGCAAGCGCAACGUGACAUAUACCAUGACGAGGUUGCAGUGUUGGUGGCUAAAGAAGAAAGGGGAAAACAAAUUCCAAAGGCGAGUCCGCUCUACAAGCUGAGCCCAUUUGUGGACGACUCAGGAGUAUUGCGGAUGAAGGGUAGAACCGGCGUGUGUGCGUAUCUCCACAGCGACGCGAAGAAUCCUGUUAUUCUACCACCUAAGCAUCCAGUAACAUCGCUACUCUUGGCACACUAUCACGAAAAGUACCUCCAUCGAAACUAUGACAUCGCAGUCAACGAGGUUCGCCAAAAGUAUAGCAUUUUUCGCUUGAGACAAACACUUGCCACGAUCCGUAGAAACUGCCAGUGGUGCAAACAUCGCGACGCUGUCCCUCAACCGCCGGAGAUGGCCGAUCUUCCAGUGGCCAGACUAUCCGCACACACGAGGCCGUUCGCACAUGUGGGGGUCGAUUAUUUUGGUCCAAUAGAAGUAAUUGUGGGUCGAAGGGUCGAGAAAAGGUGGGGGGUUCUACUGACAUGUUUGACAAUAAGAGCCGUCCACAUCGAGGUAGCUCAUUCCUUAACGACAAGUUCCUGCAUAAUGGCGUUGAGGAACUUCAUCGCGCGAAGAGGUACGCCAGUUAGUUUCUAUAGCGAUAGGGGCACAAACUUUGUAGGUGCCAACCGAACGCUACAGGAGCUCUACCAAAAAGUUGAUCGGAAUCAGCUGAUGCGGGAGUUCAUUACGUCGUCUACAUCGUGGCAGUUCAACCCACCUGCGUCGCCCCACAUGGGAGGAAGUUGGGAGCGACUCGUACAGUCGGUCAAACGGAACCUGGCCGAAGUCUUGCACGCACGGCGCCCAACUGACGAGGAACUGAGGAAUGCCCUAACGGAAGUAGAAGGUAUACUUAACACGCGCCCUCUUACUCACGUGCCAAUCGAUGACGAAGCAGCACCAGCCCUAACGCCCAACCACUUUCUUUUGGGCUCCUCGGAUGGUUCAAAACCGUUGACGUUCGUGGACGCGGACACUGCGGCAUUGCGACGAGGACAUCCGACAUCCCAAUGGCUGGCGAAUCUCUUCUGGAAGCGCUGGAUUCGGGACUACCUACCCGACAUAACACGACGUACGAAGUGGCACAAGAAGGCGAAACCUCUUGAGGAGGGUGACAUCGUAGUCAUCGUGGAUCAUGAGCAUCCCAGAAACUGUUGGCCCAAGGGACGGGUAAUCGGAGUGGUAACUAGUGGAGGGCAAACUCGCAAGGCAACCGUUCAAACUGUUCAUGGAGUUUACGAGCGACCGACUGUUAAGUUAGCGGUGUUGGAUGUUCGGCGCGAUGUUGUGUAA